CAGUUGUCAUUUUGUUUUUUGCUAGAAAUAUUAUGAGCGAAAAGACCUUUAGAAUUGUUAUGUAUCCAUGGUUAGCCAUUGGCCAUCUCACCUCGUUCCUCCACAUCUCCAAUAAACUUGCAGAGAGAGGCCAUAGAAUCUUCCUCAUCCUCCCAUUAAACACCCAAUCAAAGCUGCAACAAUUCAAUCUUCACCCAAAUCUCAUAACCUUCAACCCUAUAACAGUCCCACAAGUCGAAAACCUCCCUAACGGAACAGAAACUACAUCAGAUGUUCCUUUUCCUCUGUACAAAAACCUACGCCACGCAAUGGAUCUCACAAAACCAGCCAUUACACAUCUUCUUCAAGAACUCGAACCAGAUUUUGUGUUGUUCGAUUUUGCCCACUGGCUGCCUGCAGUGGCCCGAAGCUUAGGCAUUAAAUCCAUUUAUUACUGCACCAUAAGCCCUGCAGCUGUGGGGUACCUCGUCCGCGAGGAAUCUUCUGCAGAUGCUUUCGUGGAACCGCCACCUGGAUUUCCGUCACGGGGAAUAUUCAAGCUUUACAGACACGAAGCGCGUGCUAUCGAAAGGAUUAACAAUGAAAUGGAAUUCGAGAAUAGCAUUAACUUCGUGCAGCGCAUGCUUAUUGCUGCUGGUGAGUGUGAUGCAAUAGGAUUCAAAUCUUGCAGAGAAAUGGAAGGUACGUACUGUGAAUUUCUCGAAAAGAAAUUCAAGAAACCGAUUAUUCUUGCGGGCCCGGUUUUACAUAAGGCCCCGAUUUCGACUCUAGACGAGAAGUGGGCUAGUUGGCUGAGUCGAUUCGAAGCGAGAUCCGUUAUUUACUGUGCAUUCGGUAGUGAAGCUAGGCUAGAAAAGGGUCAAUUUCAAGAAUUACUGUUGGGUUUAGAGCUGACAGGCCUUCCAUUUUUUGCCGCCUUAAAACCGCCGAGAGGGGUGGAGACGGUGGAGGAGGCUUUGCCACGUGGGUUCGCAGAUAGAACUCUGGGGAGAGGGGUGGUGCAUGGGGGUUGGGUGCAACAGCAGUUGAUGUUAUCGCACCCUUCUGUGGGGUGCUUUGUGACACACUGUGGGUCGGGUUCAUUGUCGGAGGCUAUGGUGAAUGAGUGCCGGUUGGUGCUAAUCCCACAUGCGGGUGACCAAAUCAUCAAUGCGAGGUUGAUGGCGGGAGAUUUGAAAGUUGGGGUGGAGGUCGAGAGAGGAGAUGAAGAUGGGUUGUUUAGUAAAGAAGGUGUGAUGAAAGCAGUGAAGUUGGUGAUGGAAGGUGACUGUGAGGUUGGAAAAGAAAUUGGAGAAAACCAUGCAAAAUGGAGGGAUUUCUUGUUGGGAGAAGGGCUUGAGGAUUCUUACAUUGAUGGUUUUAUUGAUAAUCUACUUGGCCUCUUGUAAUAAUAAUAUUUCAUUUUCAAUU